UCCUCUCCUUCCUCUACUAAAACCCCUCUCCUCACUUGCUCUUCUUUCUCAACUCAUUUCAUUUCCCAUUCUUCUCAUUUUCUCAUUUUCCCACUCUCACACGAAACAAACACGCACACUCUCCAACUCUCUUUUUAUUCUCUGAUUCUCUCCUCCUCCAACAACAGACCCAGUCAUAUGCUACACUGCUCUCACACUGUCUCACACUCACAAAAGCCUGCUCCUUUUUCAAGCUUCAUACGCAUUCUCUUCUAUUUUCAGUAACAGAGAGAAAGCAAAGCUAGAAUCUUUUUCCUUUGGGUUGUUUUUUGGCUCCAAAACAACACCAAGGCCCCCUCAUCUAAACUCAACAACAAUGGCUGACCCGACUAACUCGGAGACCGAGUCAGGCUUCAACUCACCCUCUUCCCCUUCCCCAUCCUCAUCUGGGUUUUCGCAGUCCUUGCCAAACUCGGCCCAAAACCCAUUACCCGGAAGCUCCGACUCGCCCGACCCGGACCAGAAACGGGCCAAGCGAGCUCGAGAAACCAGCAGCAAGCACCCGGUUUACAGAGGGGUCCGAAUGCGGACAUGGGGCAAAUGGGUAUCCGAAAUCCGCGAGCCCAGGAAGAAGAAUCGGAUCUGGCUCGGCACCUUCUCGACCCCGGAGAUGGCCGCACGUGCCCACGACGUGGCGGCUUUGUGCAUCAAAGGCAACUCGGCGAUCCUCAACUUCCCCGGACUCGCCGGGUCGCUGCCCCGACCCGAAUCGAACUCGCCCCGAGACAUCCAAACCGCGGCUGCCAAAGCCGCUUCCAUGGAGAUCACGCUAAACGCAGCCCCCCCACCGUCACAGUCAUCAUCACCGGCAUUGUCACAGUCGUCGUCGUCAUUAUCAUCAUCAUCAUCGUCAUCCUCAUUGGUGGGUCCCACAACAAGUAGUACAACAAGCGGGGACGCGGGAACGCCAGAGGAGCUGAGUGAGAUAGUUGAGCUGCCGAGUCUGGGGACGAGUUACGAGUCGGCCGAGUCAGGGAACGAGUUCGUGUUUGUGGACUCGGUGGAGGGGUGGCUGUACCCUCCACCGUGGUGGCACAACAGUCAUUUUGAGGAGGAGUAUGGGUAUAAUAGUAUUAUCAAUAAUAUUAGGGAUGAUCAAAUGUUAAUGCCUGAGCCACCAGCAGCUGCAGAGUGCUUUGUUGAUGCCUUAUUGUGGCAACAUUAAUAUCAACUCAACUGUUGCCUCUUCUUGGUUCUCUCUCUCUCUUCUUCAUCCUGUGUGCUUUGCUUCUCUCUCUUUUUUUUCUUUUUUUCUUUUUUUCCUAAGGGAUAUAUACUUUUUCUUGAUCCUUUUAGUACUACGCCAUUGGUGGUUGCAGUGAUUAGUAUUGGGGUAUUAUUUUCUCCACUCCAUUGCCAAAUUGUCAAUGGUCCACAGUCUACAAUCUUACACACUAGCUCUCUCUUUCUCUCUCUUUCUCUCUCUCUCUCUCAGAGUCACUUUCUGUCCCAAAUAUUUCUACGUUUUUGAAGAAUAAUACAAUAAAUUGUUUUGGAGUUUA